GAAAGACUGACACGCCCCCCAAAAAGAACACAUCAUAAUCUUUCUGCGCGCAGAACAGAGUACAGAGAAGAAAAUGCAGAGCUCAGAGUCCUAGGCCAGCUACUAGAGAGAGAGGAGAGUAAAAAGGAAGUACAAAAUGUUAAAAGUUGCACUGAAUUUUUCUUCUUAAAAAUGGGAAAAAGAGUUUCUUCUGCUGGAGGACGUGAAGCUCAGAACUCAAAAGAACCGAAAGAUAAAAGCAAAGUUUAAGGGUAAAGAUUGAAUCUUUUUUCUUUUCCUGGGGUAAAAAACUGUGUUCGGGCUGUUCUUGUCUCACUAAAUGGAGUUUGCUCUUUCCUUCGGAUCUAAGACAAGUCUUUGUUGAGUCUCUUCUCUGCAAGUGCGCGUGGCUGUAUAUAUGCACAUAAAUCUGUAUGUAUAGGUGAUGAAGAAUUUAUAUGCAGAGGCAUUGGUGUUGUGGUUCAUCCUUCUUGUUCACUCACUUAGGCUUAUUGGUGCUAACUCCGAAGGUGAUGCUUUGCAUAGCUUAAGGGCAAACCUAAGAGAUCCUAACAAUGUGUUGCAGAGUUGGGACCCUACCCUUGUUAAUCCAUGCACAUGGUUCCAUGUCACUUGCAACAAUGAUAAUAGUGUUGUAAGAGUUGAUCUUGGAAAUGCUGGUUUAUCUGGUCAAUUAGUUCCUCAGAUUGGUCUGUUGAAGAAUUUGCAGUAUUUGGAGCUAUACAGCAAUACCAUAAGUGGAGAAAUUCCCACUGAUGUUGGGAAUCUCACUAAUUUGUUGAGCUUGGAUCUCUACAUGAACAACUUUACUGGGCCCAUCCCGGAUUCGUUGGGCAAGCUUUCUAAGCUACGAUUCCUUCGGCUCAAUAACAACAGCUUGUCUGGCUCCAUUCCCAUGCAACUAACAAAUAUAUCAACCCUCCAAGUUGUGGAUUUGUCAAACAACCGUCUCUCUGGUACAGUUCCAGACAAUGGUUCUUUUUCCUUGUUUACCCCUAUCAGCUUUGCAAAUAACUUGGAUCUUUGUGGUCCUGUCACUGGACAUCCAUGCCCGGGUUCUCCUCCAUUCUCACCACCCCCGCCAUUUGUCCCAACCCAACCCAUUGCUGCUCCAGGAGGAAGUAGUCCAACAGAAGCCAUUGCAGGAGGAGUAGCUGCAGGUUCAGCUUUACUGUUUGCCCUCCCUGCUCUUGCAUUUGCAUGGUGGCGACGCAGAAAACCACCAGAUUUUUUCUUUGAUGUUCCAGCUGAAGAGGAUCCUGAAGUACAAUUGGGUCAGCUUAAGCGAUUCUCUCUGCGAGAGCUUCAAGUGGCAACAGACAGUUUUAGCAACAAAAACAUAUUGGGUAGAGGAGGGUUUGGUAAGGUAUACAAGGGACGUCUUGCAGACGGGUCUUUAGUGGCUGUAAAAAGACUAAAAGAGGAGCGUACGCCUGGCGGAGAGCUACAAUUUCAAACAGAAGUGGAGAUGAUUAGCAUGGCGGUGCACAGGAAUCUCCUCCGGCUGCGUGGGUUUUGUAUGACUCCUACUGAACGCCUUCUCGUCUAUCCAUAUAUGGCUAAUGGGAGUGUUGCCUCAUGCUUGAGAGAGCGGCAACCGUCAGAACCGCCACUUGAUUGGCCAACAAGAAAGUGCAUAGCUUUGGGGUCAGCAAGGGGCAUAUCUUACCUGCAUGACCAUUGUGACCCAAAGAUUAUCCACCGUGAUGUGAAGGCUGCCAACAUACUUUUAGAUGAAGGAUUUGAGGCGGUUGUUGGGGACUUUGGUUUGGCUAAGCUCAUGGAUUACAAAGACACUCACGUCACUACAGCUGUUCGUGGCACGAUUGGCCAUAUAGCUCCGGAGUACCUAUCCACUGGUAAAUCUUCAGAGAAAACGGACGUGUUUGGGUAUGGGAUUAUGCUUCUUGAGCUCAUUACUGGACAAAGAGCCUUUGAUCUUGCUCGCCUUGCAAAUGAUGAUGAUGUCAUGUUGCUUGACUGGGUUAAAGGGCUUCUGAAAGAGAAGAAAGUGGAAAUGCUGGUGGACCCCGAUCUGCAGAACCAAUACGUAGAGGGAGAAGUGGAGCAACUGAUCCAAGUAGCUUUGCUUUGUACACAAAGCAGCCCGAUGGAUCGGCCUAAGAUGUCAGAAGUAGUGAGGAUGCUGGAAGGAGAUGGGUUGGCUGAGAAAUGGGAUGAAUGGCUGAAGGGGGAAGUUCUUCGUCAGGAGGUCGAACUAACUCCCCAUCCUACUUCUGAUUGGAUUGUUGAUUCAACAGAAAAUUUACAUGCAGUUGAGUUGUCUGGUCCUAGGUGAUAACUUCUGAUUAAUAUGGAAUUUUUCUAGGCCUGUUUCUCCCCCUAGGCUGCAUAUUGGGAUAGUAAAAUUUUCCUUGUAGCUAUCUAUUCCCAUAGCUUUCAUAUUUCUAUUGCUUAUAGGCUUAUAGCAUACCUUUUGUUGUGGGAAUUUGGCAUAGGUUGGGGUUCAUACUUUAUAAGUUUAUAGUUUGUAAUCUUUCAAGUCUUGAUUCUUGAUGGUGUUCAUACCAGACUUCCUAUCAGGCUAUCAGCUAAUUACUAAUGGUUCCCCUCAUCCCUGGCAUAUAUGACAUACUGGGUUGUCGUUUGGUGCACCAUAUCUCUGUUUAUUUUGAUGUGAUUAUUAAAUCCGUUUAACGAGGGUAAAAACAGUAUAUUUUUC